AUGAGAGAACGCAGCCAGCAGAGCCUCGGUGGACACGUCCUGUAUGUAGGAUUAUUCAGACAUCCAGGAAUGCUGCACAGGGCUAAGUACAGCCGAUUCAGGAAUGAUUCGAUAACAUCCCUAGAUGAAGGUACGCAAAAUACGUCUUUAAAUAUCAAAGGUUCUUCGUCCUCUUCCCAUUCUUCGACACCUAAUUUACUGACAGAAGAUGUCUCCUUGGGGCCACAGGACACCUGCACCACUCUGUGCACGCUGAUCCCCCGGAUGGCUAACAUUAAACUUGCUAACCCAUCAAAUCUGCCGGGCCUGAAAAGCUUCUGCCUGGGAACGAAAGAGGUGCCAAGAAUUAAACUCACGGAGUGCGUUACCAUCCCAAGCAGCCCAACCUCGCCUGAGAUCAGCUGCCUCUCGGCCUCUUAUCCACAGCCUGAGCUGGACAAGCUGGCCCUAACCCCAAAGCCGGCAGGGGACUGCACCGUGCGCGGAGCUGAGGAAGCUGCUCCUGCGGGCAGGCAGGACAGGAGCCUCGCGCUGAGCGGUGAAAACGUGGGGGAGCCAGGAACGACCUACAGCGUGCGGUACAUGGGCUGUAUUGAAGUGCUGCAGUCGAUGAGGUCCCUGGACUUUGGCACGCGAACGCAAGUCACCAGGGAAGCAAUAAGUCGGCUGUGUGAAGCUGUAUCAGGUACAAAUGGAGCUAUAAAAAAGCGGAAGCCUCCAGUGAAGUUUCUGUCUUCAGUACUUGGCAAAAGUAACCUUCAGUUUUCUGGCCUGAAUAUAAAGCUGACCAUUUCAACAAGCUGCCUCACUUUGAUUAAUGUUGACACGCAGCAGAUUAUUGCCAAUCAUCACAUGCAGUCCAUCUCAUUUGCUUCUGGAGGUGACCCAGAUACAACAGACUAUGUUGCGUAUGUAGCAAAAGAUCCUGUUAAUCAGAGAGCAUGCCACAUACUGGAAUGUCCCAAUGGGAUGGCGCAGGAGGUGAUAAACACCAUAGGGCAGGCUUUUGAGCUCCGGUUCAAACAGUACCUGAAGAACCCAUCCAGCCUGGUUACGUCUAAUGAAAGCGAGGCAUCAAAUGCUAAUGGAUCAGCUGGAAAUUCACAGGAGAGGGAGGAUCAUGAAUAUUACAAUGAAAUUCCAGGAAAAGAACCUCCCACCGGUGGAGUGUUAGACAUGCGAAUGAAAGUGCAAACAGACCAAAGGGCUAACUGUCUUACACAGUGUAAAAAGCAGUAUUGCUUGACGGGCAGCCCAACAUUCAUCAAUAUAUAUGAAAAUUGCCCAGAAGAAAACAAAACUGUGGGUAAUUGUGGUGAAAGAUCACAGAAGACAAAAAAAGAGGCAACGUUAUUGAAGCCUGCCUACAAAACAGAUCUUUUUGAUGAUCCGUGUUACAUCAACACACAGACCCUGCAUUCCGCUGUCUGUACAGCCCGUGGUACAGCAACAACACAGAUCCAUGGGAGCCCACUGCGUCAGGCCAAAUUACCGGAAGCUGUUCAGCAGAGUGCCACAAGCAACACAGCUGGUCUCUGUGUUCUGCCACAAAUAAAGCAGCAGCUAAAGAAUGAAGAUUGUUACCAUGGCAAAUUAAACAGGAAAGCAGCAGAGAGCCUCCUAGUCAACGAUGGGGAUUUUCUGGUGCGAGAGAGCACAACGUCACCUGGUCAGUAUGUCCUCAGUGGACUUCAGGGAGGGCAAGCAAAGCAUCUGCUCUUGGUGGAUCCCGAGGGCAAGGUGAGAACCAAAGACCACGUAUUUGAUAGUGUGGGUCAUCUUAUUCAGUAUCACAUGGAAAAUAAUUUGCCAAUCAUCUCUUCUGGAAGUGAAGUGAGCUUGAAGCAGCCUGUAAGGAAAGAGAGUAAUGUGGGACACAUGCAGUAUCACAAAUAAUCCCUUGGAUCUCAGAAAUCCCAAGACAAUUCAUAUCUGAAAACUGUACCGAGAACUUUCCAUUACGAAGACAAUUCAAAAAAGUAUAGACUGCACUUUCUGCUGCUGUUCCAGAAGAUACCCUUUUGUGUGUGUAUGUAUGAAUGUAUGUAUAUGUGUAUAUCUAUGUAGAUCUAUAGAGAUCAACAAGCAUAGUUAUAUAGAUAUAUAUGAUCUUAAUGAAAUUACACCUUCAGAGUGUGAGAUUCAUUUGUGAGAAGGUAUUUUAGACAUGCACAAAUGUCACUUUCAAGGUCAUACUGAAUCAGUAACUAUUUAAAAGCACAAUUAAACCUCUACAUGCAAAAGCUCACUUGAACAAACUGCUGGAACAUUAGUAUGUGCCUUUUAGCAUAGAAUUAUUGGAAACCAGUAUUAUUUAUACUGAAUUAGGUUUGGGUGGUUAAACAAACAUGUCUAAGCUUUUAACUAUUUGCCAAAACAAGUACAAUUUGAAUAUUACUAAAAUAUCAUCUGCUUUCAAUAGACACUAAUGAUUUCAUUUUGCU